AUGCUUGAAAAUACAAAUAUUUUCGAAAGUUUAAAUGAUUUUAUUACAUCAAGCGCUCCGAAGAAUCAACAUAUUUAGUUAAAUUUAAACAAAUAAAAUAUAAGCAACAAAAAUCUACUAGAACUAGCAAAUAUUCUUCCUUUCUAAUUUAAAGAUCUUAAAACCUUUGAAAUCUAUUUAUAAUAAUGUGAAAUUAGUGAAUAAGCAAUUUUUAUAAUAUGUUAUGGCUUAUCUUAAUGUACUUCUCUUUAAUCUCUAUUGAUAGAUCUAUAAUUCAAUAAUGUUGGAGCAAAAAGUAUUUCUGAUUUGGGUUCUGGAUUAUCUAACUUUAAAAAUCUCAUUAUUUUUAAGCUUUUUCUUAAUAAAAGUAAUAUUUGCGACGAAGGUAUUUCUGCUUUAGCAAACGGAUUAUAGAAAUGCAUAAAUCUAACAUAUUUAGAACUAUAUUUACAAGAAAAUAAUAUAUAAAACCAAGGAUUAUCUAAUUUAGGAAUUCAGUUAGCAAGAUGUGCAAAUCUAGAAAAUUUGAUUAUUAAUUUAAAGAAUAAUUAAGUUGGAUCUUAAGGAUUAAAUGCAUUUGGUACUGGGAUAUCAUUUUGUAAAAAGCUUUCUAGUUUAUAUAUUUGUUUGAGCUAGAAUAAAUUAUGUAGUAAAGGUAUUUCUAGCUUUGGCAUUUCUUUAGCAGAGUGUUCAAAUCUCAAGAUACUAAACUUGCAGAUACAGGAAAACUAAAUAAAUCACUAAGGACUGUAUAAGUUUGCUACUGAAUUAUCUAACAAUAAAAGUUUAGUUUAAUUAACAUUGUUAAUUGAUGAAACAAAUAUUUAGACAAUUCUUAGAAAUAAACUACUUAAAAAACUAAAUAUGCUAGUUAUUCUAAAUAUUAAUUAACUUUAAUAAUGA